AUGGGACUUUGUGCAACUGCAAAGGUUAUUACUGGAAGCGGUCGAUAUGCUCGGCCAAAGCUAUUACAGCCUGGAAAUCGAGAAUGGGUGACUGCAAUUGAGGCAACAAAUUCAACCGGAUGGGUCUUGCCUUCGUACAUCAUUUUUAAGGCAAAACAAUAUACUCGACUGGGCUGGUUUGAGGAUCUUCCAGAUGACUGGAGAAUCAAUAUCAGUAAUAAUGGAUGGACAACAGAUAAGAUUGGCCAUACAAACCCAAGAGACCUCUGGUCCUCACUUAAGGCCGGCUGCGAUCAACGGACAACUCUCCCAUUAAUUACCCAAUAUGAAUUGUUCCACAGCAACAAGUGGGAGCCAAAGAACACCAUUUCUACCUACACAAGUUAUUUCCGCAAUAUCUUUCUUUCCUUGGAAAACACCUCUUAUAAAAUCCAUCAAGAUAUAGCUAUUCAUAUCCUUGUGGAUCAACUCCCUGACUGUUACAAAACCGAAGUGACCUACCUGCUUGCCAAUAUCAAAGAUUCCUCGUCUGAAGGAGACAACACAUCUGGCCAAGCCCUAGUAACUCGAGGCCGUCGUCCGAACCGCAGAACAAGCUCUCGGAACCUCCGUAAUGAAGGCAAUAACUCAAAUUCAAACCGUCGUGAACAAUCAAAUCGAAAUUCUCGGAAUAAGCGACUUAUCUGUAACUGGUACAAACGAGAGGGCCAUUACGAGCGUGACUGUCAUAUUCGAACAUGGCAGCUGUAUCGCGUUGGCUCCUUGUCGGAGCCUUAA